CCUGAGAAGGCAGUUGAGAGACGAGAUGCAGGCACGGGUUGCUACCGCCAUGAGUACUUAAGGGUAGACGGUGCUGUUUUUGAAAGCCACUGCUCCUGUCCAAGUCAAUCACACCAGUAGUAGAAAUGGCACCAGUCCUCAGCUUCCUCAUCGGCUCCUUGUUGGCUGCAAGGGGUCUUGCAGACCCCUUCGAGAAGCUCUUCGCUGUUCCUGAGGGAUGGAAAUCCGCAGGUCCUGCUGCCGAGUCGCAGGUUCUCAGGCUGCAGAUCGCUCUGCAGCAAGGGGAUGCUGAAGCAUUCGAGCAGCACGUCAUGGAUGUGUCUACACCCAGCAGCAAGAAGUACGGACAGCACUUCGAGUCGCACGACGAGAUGAAGAGGAUGCUUCUUCCAACUGAAGAGGCGUCUUCGUCCGUGGCUGCUUGGCUCAAGACUGCUGGCGUAGAAGACGUCGAGCAGGACGCAGACUGGUUGACGAUCAAGACCACCGUUGGCGUCGCCAAUAAAAUGCUCGACACUAAAUUCGCUUGGUACGUUUCUGAGGAAGCGAAGCCGCGUAAGGUUCUACGCGCCCUCGAGUACUCUGUGCCUGAAGACAUCGCUGCCCACAUCAACCUUGUGCAGCCUACCACACGCUUUGCUGCCAUCCGCGCGGAACAUGAGACCGAGAAGGAGAUCUUCGGUCUCCAGCGUAUCGACCUCGCUGCUGGCGCGGGCCUUGCCGUUAACUGCGAUACUGCAAUCACCCCUGAAUGCUUGAAGCAGCUCUACAAGAUCGACUACAAAGCCGACCCUAAGAGUGGUAGUAAGGCUGCCUUCGCUUCAUACCUUGAGCAGUACGCUCGCUACAGCGACAUGGCUCUUUUUGAGAAGAACAUUCUCCCAGAAGCGGUUGGCCAGAACUUCUCCGUUAUUCAGUACCGUGGCGGUCUAAAUGACCAGAACUCCUCGGAGGACAGCGGUGAGGCCAACCUGGACGCACAGUACAUGCUCGGUCUUGCUCAGCCUCUCCCUGUCACUGAGUUCAGCACGGGUGGUCGUGGUCCCUGGGUUUCUGACCUUGACCAGCCUGAUGAGGCUGACAGCGCCAACGAGCCCUACCUCGAAUUCCUCCAGAACGUCUUGAAGAUGCCGCAGAGCGAUCUUCCCCAGGUUAUCUCUACCUCAUACGGCGAGAACGAGCAGAGUGUCCCCAAGUCGUACGCUCUGUCCGUGUGCAACCUCUUCGCCCAGCUUAGCUCCCGUGGUGUCAGUGUUAUCUUCUCUUCGGGUGACUCGGGUGUUGGUUCUGCCUGCCUGAGCAACGACGGAAAGAACACGACUAUGUUCCAGCCUCAAUACCCUGCAAGUUGCCCUUGGGUGACUUCGGUGGGAUCCACUCGAUACCUCAACGAGACUGCUACUUUCUUCUCAUCUGGUGGUUUCUCCAACUACUGGAAGCGUCCUUCAUACCAGGACGAUGCCAUCAAGGCUUACUUCCACGUUCUCGGCGAGAAGAACAAGCCUUACUUCAACCGUCACGGUCGUGGCUUCCCUGAUAUCUCGGCUCAAGGUGUCGGCUACCGUGUCUACGACAAGGGCGUAUUGAAGGGGUACCAGGGCACGUCUUGCUCUGCGCCUGCCUUCGGUGGUAUUGUCGCGCUUCUCAACGAUGCUCGCCUCAGGGCUAAGAAGCCUUCCUUGGGCUUUUUGAACCCUCUGCUGUACUCUAACCCCAAUGCUCUCAACGACGUUGUCCUUGGUGGAAGCACGGGUUGUGAUGGUCACGCCAGGUUCCACGGUGCGCCCAACGGCAGCCCCGUCAUCCCGUAUGCCAGCUGGAACGCCACCGCUGGAUGGGACCCGGUAUCAGGUCUCGGAACGCCUGACUUUGGCAAGCUGCUGAAGGCUGCUGUUCCUAGCCGUUACAGGGCCUAGAGUCAUCUGGAAAAGGUGCUUGUGAAUAGAUAAUGAUGAUUGAAAAUUUAAAAGACGUUAUGAUGCUAUUUACUUUGUGCAAUGAUAAAGACUGUUCAGAUGUGAUAUACUGAAGCUGCGUUGGCGAUAGAGCAACG